AGCAAAAGCAGAAUUCAGUCCCAUGCACACCAGGGCUUGGGGGGAAAAUAAUCUCCAUUUAGAGACCUCCAUUCCCCGGGCGGUGUUGGCGAGAUCCUCAAAAGAUCUGGUCUCCGUCUCUGAUUCUAGGCACUGAAAUGAUUAUUGGGACCCUUAGGGUUGCCACCAAAGACCAUCUCAGAACCUGGCCUUGGCCAGCACAAGAGCCCAAAGCUCAGGAGCCCUCCCCCUGACAGAUGCCACUUUCGACCCUCUGGUCCAGAAUGUGGAACAAGAAAGCCCACUGCCACCACCGCCGUCUUCACACAUUUUCCUGUGGGGUGCCCUCUUAAUGGUCUGCUUUCCUUUGCUCUGGGGACAGGCUCUCCCCUCUCAGAAGCAGGAUGCUGGGCUGGAGGGGGGGGGGAGACCGGUGAUCCCCUCCAGCAGCAGACUUCGUCCCUGGAAAGUGGGACCAGUUUGUACCCUGGCAUCGCCAGAUGCAAAUUCUGUGAGUUUGCCCUACGAAAGGAGCUUUUUUGGGGAGGGUUCUAGGUAUGUGUGUGGACAGUCUGAAGCAAAUCGUCCCCAAGCGGGGCUCCCCGCAUUGACAUCAACGGCAGAUGUGGGGGGGGGGAGGUUGAGCCCUUUCCCCACGCCGAAUCUUUGUGUGAAUUUUGGGGGACCGUCGCGAACUCUGAGCUCUCUCCGUGAACUCGAAAAGUCUUUCUGAGACCCUCCCCCUCCAAUGCACACUGGCCUCCUUUCUCCACCCUCCCCAACUCUCAAGCCAAGGUUCGGCUCCUGGCCUGUAUCUCUCCCCCCCCCCAACAACAACACACGCUCACCCCUGUGCUCACCAUCUUCCCUCCCUUGAAAUCCUUUGGGGACCCCCCCUCUCCAUCCCGGUAAGCUGACACAGCGUCUCUCUAAGCGUGAUCAGCUUUGGUGUCUAAUAGGCUUAGCCCCAUGUAAAACUGUCAUCGGAGUGAACUAAAACCCCUUGAUACCCCGCCUGGCACCUCGUUAGCCAAUUUGCCUUCAAUUAGGGUAAUUGGGGAAAGAGCAAAAGAGUAUAGCAUUAAUAUUUUAAAGUGAUGAAGCGAUUAUGCCCGGGGGGGGGAGCGGUGGAGUGGCCAGAGACCCGAAGAAGGAAAUCGAGUGACUUCCAAAGUCCAUUAUCAUAAUUUGUCUAAAAUAAUCACGCACCCCCCCUCUGGUCGCUUCCGUCUUUACGUCUCCUGCCCCCACCCCGCGUGCGGCCUGGGUGCGAGACCCGCACAGGUGACACACCCUAAAGGCAUCGAGGCCGGGAAGGGAAAGAUUACGUUGUCCGGCCAGGGUGCAGAAAAAAUUAAACCUGCACGUCCCUGGGGUGGGCCGAGGGCAAACGGGGUCGGCAGCUCCCCAGCCAAGAGGGCCGUUCCUGACCUCCAUCGCUCUGGCCUUUGUACCCACGUCAAUGUAGGUGGCUGGUGAAUUGCCAAUUUCUGACCAUGGAUUGUUAACCCUGCUCAGGAAGUUUGGGACUAAGUAACCCAUGCUCCUACUCAGUCCCCUCUCUGGGCCCUGAGAGUAGUGGACGAUGGGCACUGUCGUCCACUUAAGGCCGUUUUUGCUAGGAGAAGGGUGGUCUUCACGAUGCUGCCUUGUUCCUUUUUCAAAAGGGUCUGAACCAAAGUUUUGGGGGAGAAAAAAAGCUGCUUUUUGUUUAUUUCUUUGCUUGUUUUCUCGUGUGACAUGAAACGUACGGACAGUCUUUGCACCAGUUGGUCCCUCUUGAACCAAGCCACUGGGGUGCCCAACCUGACUCUCAGGGCUAUUGUUACAAGCUUUAAGCGGGCAGAGAACCUCCCUUACCUGUACACCAGUUUCCAAAUGACCCUGACAGGUAGGCAGGUGUAAAAAACAAAAGAACCACCUUUAGCUCAAAUAUGUGCUUUCUUGGGAGAUCCUCUUGGCUUCUGGAAAGGCCAUAAAUAAAUCUGGGUGGGGAAGGAUAAACAAAGUUAAAAUGCCAGCCGUGGUAUGAAAUUUCCUGUAAAACAUUGACCGUUCAGUCUGAUAAAUAAGAAUGCAACCUUGCAGAUGAGGUCAAUUUCCAAGGGUGUCAUGGUAUCAAAUUCUAUUUAGAUAACACAUUUUCAGCAAAUAGGAGCAAAAUACUGCUACAAUAAGGUUGUUCCUGGAGGCCAACUGAAAUGAAAUAUGGUCAAAUGUUUUGAUUUUAAAAACGGCCUCCGUGGGUAUUGCCGGUUUGCCAUCGGAUGUCCGUUUCCGCUCCGUCCCCUGAGCCUCGCGGGUGGGCGGCUUAUUACCCCUUGAUAGUUAACAUAAUUGGAACGUAAUUUAAUUAAUUAAAAUGAAUUUAAAGGGAGACCAGCCGGGGGGGGGGGUUUCCUCCGAAACAGAUGGCCAAAGCGCUGGGGUUGUAAGAAGGUGACGCAGAUUGAUUGGAGAGGCGGGGUGGGGACUCUGUACGCUCUCAGAGGCACUUUGCUUUCCUGCCCCGCCCCCAACUGGGCUACUGGCGUGGAUUUGAAGAGCCAUAGAAGGGACAUGGGGCAGGAGACAGUCUUUGGGAAGUGAGAAGAGAGGAGGGGGGAGAUUUAUACACAUUGAGAACAUUUUGAAACUGCGUCAUCCCAUUCUUGUUAAAAUAACCUGGAAUCUUAAAGGGCUUGCAUGAUAUUUUGGGAGACAGUUUUGUUUAAGAACGUCAUCUGACCCAUCUCAUGUAGUACUCGCCUGCCUUCUCCAACAGAUUUGGAGGAGUGUUUUUUUGAAAAUUUUGAAUCGGCCAAGGGCAAUUAUAUAUAUUAUAUAUUAAUCAAAGCUGUAAUGCUAAAAAUAUUCACAGUCCAUCACAUUAAGGGACUUGGUUCUGCUGUCAUGGUGGCGUAGGGCUUCUUUAUCAUUGGGAAUUCGAAACUGACAAUAGGUUGAAAAUAAAUAAGUCUUUUCAAAACUGCACCUGUAUGCAGGGUCAGAAGAAACGGCCUUUGGAUGUUGAGUCAAUUCAGCACUAUUUUAUAAGGUGGUCUGAUGCGAUGUGAACCUCAGGUUGUUCCUUCAUUUAACCCAAGAGGAGAUGACAGCCUGGAGGUUGGAGAAGUUAUUUGUAAGGCUUCAACUCCCUGAAAAUGCUCUAUGGGUGUGAGCCAGGAAAAAGUAACUUUUCCAGCUACUGGGAAGAAGGAAGAUCUUUCCUUGUUCCAGGAGGUGAGAACUGUUAUUAAACGGCAGGAAUUUGAGGUAGGGUUGCCUUGAGCUGGGGAAUCGUUCUCUAAAACAAGCCAACAAACAACAACAAAAACCACCCUCAAGAUGCUAGUCCUCAUGGCUUCCUGAGGAAAGGGGCUGGUUUACACAGGAAGGCAGGAGAUGUGCAGAGUGGGACCGCGGAUACACCUGCCUGAGGACCGUCGCCAAGGAUCGAUGCUGCCUCUCCAGAAUUUUGGACGACGCUGGGUCGCCGGCCAGGCCAAGAGCGGAAGGGGUGAGUUCGAAUUCUUACGCCAGAUUUUUAGUUUAAACUUUUGACUUAAGAAACACUGAAUGAUGACAGGAAAGCGGGUGGGGGGGCCCCCAGGGGGGAAAGCUCGGUGGGCCAGAUCCGGUCCCCCGGAGGGCCAGACCAGAGCAAGGGGGGGGGGAGAGCAAACUUCCUCCCCUGUCAGCUGGAGAGAUGCACCACCACCACCACCACCCGGCUCGAACUCGCUCCCUCGCCUCUCCUGGGCUUUUGCCGGGCCUCCGAAGGAACAAUGGCCCCACCAGACCGUGCCUGAGUUAACAAGGAGAGGCCGUGACCUCUCUCCCCUCUUUUCUUCUCCGAAACAUCCUUCGGGCACCGCUUUGAGACCUUUUUCCCAUGGACCGCCGGGUGGUGCCGAGGCCACUUCUUAAAACUCGGCACAUGGUCCAGAACACUCUUGCCUAUUCCCCAUCCUCCCGGCUGUUCCCAAACCUGGAUUCACAGAUCCACGUCUCAUGAUCAUGGAGUCGGUGGACCUCCUGCCCGCCUCUCCCCCUCUUUCCCCCCUUCUGCCCUAAAACAAAGGACAUUGUUUCAGCCUUGGGACGUUCCCCCCCCCCCGGAAUCUCUGUGGUGCACCCAUAUUUUAUUUUCUUCUGCUUUUUCUUUGGCCUCUAAUUCUAAUGCCCCCCUCCUUUUCUCUCUCUCUCUUUCUGCCCUGUAAUGAGGGGAUUAUCAAGAAGAAACUUCAGCGGGACGCUUUUGUGCCCGAGACAAUCCAACCCAGGCGUGCGGCAUCAUUAAGAGGACCCCCUUCCCAUUAGGCGCCUCCUUUCCCCCCGAAACCCUUAGCCCCUUCUGCUGGAUAAACCGGAGUAGACACUUAGAGCCACGGCUGAUCCCGAAAGUAACCCGUCAAUCACUCUUAAAGGGGAAGUCCUCCAAUUAAUAACCUCGUCUUAAUCCUCUGGACUCAUUUCCAAUCGGCAGGGCCCAGUGUCAUCUGCAUGACUAAAUAAAGAUUUCUUACUCCCAGGAGCUUGACGCGAGGUGGGCUCGGUGACAAUUAAGGCGACGGCCGACCGGGAACUCGAAGCGGCCCGACAAGAAGAUUGGAGCAGGGGGGAAAAGAGCCAGCCACUGGAAAGGGCGACCUGGGAAUUUAAAGACAUUCCCCAAAAAAAUCCGCGCAGCCCAAGGUUUGGGAAUUCACGGCCCCCACCCCACUCCCGCCUGAGAAGCAGGAAGGAAACAUUAAAUUGUGGAGGAGAAGUUUCCCAGAACCGAAACAGCCCGCAGCGCCCGCUAUGUUCCUCAGCAAAUGUGAAGGGGAGCUGGGGGACCUCCGGAAGAGUGUGGACAGCGAGGGGACCACCCCAGAGAACCUGGACGAGGAGCCGCCUAAGAAGAAGCACCGGCGCAACCGCACCACCUUCACCACCUACCAGCUGCAUGAGUUGGAGCGAGCCUUUGAGAAGUCCCACUACCCGGAUGUCUACAGCCGUGAGGAGCUGGCCAUGAAGGUCAACCUGCCAGAAGUCAGAGUCCAGGUCUGGUUCCAGAACCGGAGAGCCAAGUGGCGUCGGCAAGAGAAGAUGGAGGCCAAUUCCAUGAAGCUUCACGACACCCCCAUGCUGUCCUUCAACCGCCCCCCCAUGCCGGCCAACGUUGGGCCCAUCGGCAACUCUCUGCCUCUGGACCCCUGGCUGACAUCCCCGAUCGCCAGUGCCACGACGGUGCACAGCAUCCCCGGGUUCAUGGGUUCCCCACAGGCCCUACAGCCCACUUAUGCGGGGCACUCUUUCCUCAACAGCCCACCCGCCAUGCCACAGGGGAUCCAACCCAUGGCCCCCACGGCAUACCAGUGCGCCACCACAUUUGUGGACAAGUACCCACUAGAGGAUGUGGACCAGCGGAGCUCCAGCAUCGCUUCCUUACGGAUGAAAGCCAAGGAGCACAUCCAGACCAUCGACAAGACAUGGCAACCCAUAUGAUAUCUGGAAGGGGGUUGGGACUGGGCAGGGGGACGGGACAGGACAGCUGACCCUGCUGUGAGAAACGCAACCCCGGCAGGGUGAGGUGGACGGAAGGAGACCAGAGAGAAUGAUUCCCUCCUGCGUGACCUCCUCACAUUUGCCAAUGACGGUGCCGUUGGUCCAUCUUAUGCCACAGAAAACUCAAGUUUCUGGGGGGUGGUGGUGUUGGAAAAGGCAAUUAAGACUGUGCACUGUUUCAGCCGUACUUUGUGGCAUACGACUGUCGGACGCUCUGCUUGAUAGGAACACUUUGGCUUUGUUCUUCCUUGAAAACAUUGUGGACUUACACCCACACACUUCUAUUCGAAAGGGAUGGCCGCGUGCCCUCUGACACACGGUGGCAGCGGUGGGAUAAAGAAAGGAUUUUCCCGAAACAAAUCUUUAUCGGACAGACCUUUGUGCUUUUUUUUUGUUUGUUUGUUACUGUUUUACUUGGUUACGAGCAUCUGUGGAAGCUCCCCGGAGAGAUUUAAACAUCUCCACCAAAAGGCAUGUUCCUUUCCCCCAAAUAAGAAAAAUAAGGGUGUUAGGUUUAUCGAAGGCAGUGGAGACGACGGUAGAACCAAGCUGGCAAUACUCAGUGGCUAGUCCUCAUGGAGGAUGACAGGGUCAGGGUCUCGGAUGGUUUCUGCUGCUUGUGGGAGAAGAAAAAUGUGAAUAAUAGCCCAACAGGGUUUCUCUUGGUUUUAAAUCCUCAAGAAAUGGAUGGACCGUAGUUGUUGUGGGCUAAUAUUCCUACUGAAAUCGGUGGCGCACUGGUGACUCUUUAUUUUUUCUGAAGUGGGUGUGCCAUUUCCUAUGUUUACAUCUCCAUUUCCUUUCCUGUGUUGCAUUUAUUCUGGUAGGUGGGCCACCCCUGUCCUUUUUUCUCUCUAAAAUGCACGGUGUCAUUUUGAUACCCCACAAUUUAACAGGAGGAAAGAAAAGAUACUUGCUUUGUUGAAAAGUUCUUAUUUUCUCAGGGUUCCUUGCACCCCCACCCCGUCCCCAAAUCCUGUUGGAAAGCAAUUCUGGGUCUUAAAGAUAAAUCCAAAUGAAAGAG